UUAGUCGCGCACUCUGUGAACGGAUCGUGAAAGUUAUAUUUACCCAGUUAUUGUUCAUUUUGUGUAAGAUGGAGGAGAAAAAUAGUUCUGGAAACACUGCAACAGUGGAAAAUUCGGUGGCAAACCCGUCACCUGCGAAAAAGUCUGUAAAAUCGAAGACAAAAUCACAGCGUACUAAGUCGUCGCAUCCAUCAACUGCGGAUAUGGUGAACGCUGCUAUCAAAGCGUUACAAGAUCGCAAGGGAUCGUCACUUCAAGCUAUCAAGAAAUACAUAGCAACGACGUAUAAAGUUGAUGGUGAAAAAAUGGCGCCAUUUAUUAAGAAGUACUUGAAAACUGCCGUAACUGCCGGGGCGGUGGUGCAAACUACGGGAAAAGGUGCCUCUGGCUCGUUCAAGCUGUCCACAUCUUCGAAGAGUUCCGAAUCUAAGAGCAAAUCCAAACGCCUCGUGAAACGGGCUGUAUCUGCUGCAGCUGAAAAGAAAGCUGUGGAGAAGCCAGCGAGUCCUAAGAAAGUGACUGCCCCGAAGAAAGCACCAGUAGUGAAGAAACCAGCCGCGGCAGCCAAGAAACAAUCUUCUUCGAAGAUAGCAGCUAAAACUGCUGCUGCUAAGAUAACAGAAUCUGUGAAACAAAAGGCAGCACCACCACCGAAGAAUUUGUCAAAAGCGAAAAAAGCCACAAAAGCGCCAGCAGCAAAGACGAAAACUCCAAAACCAAAAACAACAAAAUCGCCGAAAAUCGCAAGAGCAGCGGCGAAAAAGUAAUUCGUUGAAGAAUACAUACCAAUUGGCCCUUUUCAGG